GAGACUAGCCGGCCAGUCCUGGUGAAGAACUUUGCCGAACACUAUCGCAUGAUGUCUGCCGAUUCAGACUUUAGAUUUAGCGAAGAGUUCGAGGAGUUAAAGCACGUUGGGCGCGAUCAACCGUGCACGUUCGCCGAUUUACCGUGCAAUCGUCCCAAGAACCGGUUUACCAAUAUUUUACCCUAUGACCAUUCGCGGUUCAAGUUGCAGCCCGUUGACGAUGAGGAAGGCUCUGAUUAUAUUAACGCAAAUUAUGUGCCGGGACACAAUUCUCCGCGAGAGUUCAUUGUUACGCAAGGUCCUUUGCACUCGACGCGAGACGAUUUCUGGCGUAUGUGCUGGGAAAGCAACUCACGGGCAAUCGUUAUGCUGACGCGAACCUUUGAGAAGGGGCGUGAAAAAUGUGACCACUAUUGGCCACAUGAUACUGUGCCCGUGUACUAUGGCGACAUCAAGGUGACGCUGCUCAACGAUAGCCACUAUCCCGAUUGGGUCAUUACGGAGUUCAUGAUGACACGGGGUGACCAGCAGCGUGUCAUACGCCACUUCCACUUUACUACGUGGCCCGACUUCGGUGUGCCAAAUCCGCCGCAAACGUUGGCACGAUUCGUGCGAGCGUUCCGGGAGCGGGUUGGCCCCGAUCAGCGACCCAUUGUUGUGCACUGUAGUGCUGGUGUUGGACGAUCGGGUACCUUCAUCACGCUCGAUAGAAUACUGCAGCAAAUUCAGGUGUCGGACUACGUCGACAUCUUCGGUAUUGUCUGGGCAAUGCGAAAAGAACGUGUCUGGAUGGUACAAACCGAGCAACAAUAUAUCUGCAUUCAUCAGUGUUUGCUGGUGGUCUUGGAGGGCAAGGAAGGUACCGAGCGUGAAAUUCACGACAAUCAAGGCUACGAAGAUGAUGAAGGAAUCGCCGAGUCCGGAAUGUGAAGCUACUCCAUCGUAUCACCACCACACGGGCGUACUUCGACGUAAGGCGGCGGCAUAUAUGUUGACGUGGAAGGAUUACUACCACACGCGGUCGCCACGGUCAAGCAAUAUGUGGCUACAAAUUGUAAUUACUACUUAAUCUCAGCUAAGCCCUGCAUAUCUACUAUUGCUGCUACUACCACUCCACCUCCAGCUAGAGACGCAGUAUCAUGUGGCAGCGUUCGGGGAGGAAACGAUCAUGUAAAGCGUGAAACGCAUCACACUGUCUGCCAUGUGAUGGUCUAUCCGGUGGUGGUAGUAGAAGACCCUAUCCGCUAGAUGUGUCGGGGCAUUGUGAGGGGAGAUUGACACGCGGAGGAGAACAAGGAGACCCCACGGAGACGGGGAAGAGAGCAACCAUGCUAUUCUUGAUGUUAACUUGACAAUUGGUGGCCAUAGUCCAUUUUCAUGCGGUGCUAGUGCUAUGUGUAAAUGUAUAUUAGAGGACGUUUUAAACAUUGUAAAACAUUAAUCUAUAUUCUCUCGCUCACACACACACAGACAUACUUUCCCUGUCAUUUCCUCUUUCUCCUCACUAUCGCAUCCAAUCUUUAUGUCGAACCUCCCGGACGGACUAUUGAUAUCAUCGCGGUACAGUUACUGUUAAACAAACACGAAUCUUAUGUCCCCACCUUCCUUGGGGGGCGUUUCCGGGAUCGAAACGAUCACUUUACGAUCGUGCGGUUGUUUUUUUUUUCUCUGUUUUCUUAGGAGCGACAAUUGAAAACAUUCGAUAACGGUUUUUAACUUCCGGCAAUUGCGUAUUAAAUGUAUAGAUAAUCCUCUCUUAUCUCGAAAUCGCGGAAUCUCCUCCUGGCACGCGCGCGCUGUCGGUGCAUGCUGUGAGCGUGCUUUACCCGUCUUGCUCGGAGUGUUCUCAACUACACUCGAUUAGUAUUCCAAUUGCGAUUAAUAUUUAAAAAAGUGCAUUGUUAAAUACGAAACGAACUAAUUGUAACAAAACAAAAAAAGGCAAAACGAUCCCGGUUCCCGGCGUCAACUAGGAGCUAGUACGAACAGAAACUGAAGAUAGUAAGUCAGUCGACGGAAACGGUAAAAACCUUAAAUCCUAUUAAUCAAAAUUGCGCGGAUAGGACUAGGAACCCACACUUAAGCUACGUACUAUCGGGUGUAUGGGAACAACGAUAUCGUGAUCAUGCUAAAAAGAAUGAUAGAGCAGGACAGAGAAAGGGAGAGAGGGAGAGAAGGCGUUGGAGCGAAACAGUAACGCAUCGUCCUAGAUAAAAGAUUAAACGUUUAAAAAGCGCUCGCUGGAAUGUGUAUGUGUGUAUCGGAAUGAAGAUACAUACCCAAUAGCGAGAGAUAGGUCAUCAGCACAACCGGACCCCAAACCAAAUCGCAAAAAAAUCGUGUCAAAUACAUAAAUCGUAGAGCAGAGCAGAGCCUAUAACGGUUUCCCCUCAUCGCCGCGGAGUGUUAGAGGUUCAAUCGAGAGUAUUCAGUGUAGCAGAACCGUGUUGAUGGAACCAAGAGACAUCAGCGUGAAGUCGCGCCACAGUAAAACGCUUUUCGCUGUCUGUCUGUCUGUCUGUCUGUCUGUGUUUCAGAGAAUCGAGAUCUAGCAGUAGCAAUAAGUGAGGGAGAGGCUUCGAGCUUCGAGUACAGUUUUGUCUUUUAUGUGUUUAUCCGUUUACAGAGUUUUGUUUGUUUGUUUUUAAAAGGAAAAAAAAUCUCGGUUUCUCGUUGUACAUAUUUGUAAGCGGCGCGCCGCGAUAUGCCGCGGCAUUGCAAUCAUUUUUAUCGAAACCAUUACUACUUAUAGUGCAUCGGCAAGCAGGGCCAGAGAGAAAGAGAUAGCGGGAGAGGGGGAUGGAGAAAUGAGGAAAGGCAGUGCCGGGCGAUUCCGAUCGUGUAGGCACCAAUCGGAAUAUUCAGGGUUUCUGUUUUGGUUUUUAGCGUGCUGCAGAAGAAGAACGACGGAGAUAGGAGGAGCAGUUGAGAGCAUGGAUAUAAACAGAAAUGGACGAGAAGCGACGCCACACGACAGCGUAAAGGACGGCCAUACAAUAAUCUCAUUCUAACGGCCAGAAGUACGCUCCAUUCCAUUCCCGGUUAGAAAACUGUUCCCCACCAACACACACACACACACACACACCCAUUCUUACCAUAACUGAACAGGACCGAGAACACCGAUCUUUUACUGAACCUCAGCAGGAAACCUACAGCCAAAUUAUCAACCAAAACCUACCGAAUCUGAGAGGAUUGCCAGGAUCCUCGAUAUGCAAAAUGGACCAGACACACAGGCACACAUACACUUUCUACUUCCUAGGUAGCUUCCUGGUUUUUUUUUUCUAUAUAAAUGACCUUUUUGGUGAGCGAAUGUCGAAGAGAAGAUUGCAGGAGUUUUGGGAGCAUUUCCAAUUUGUAGAAUUACUUGUCGAAAAAAAUCGUUUCUGUGCCGACAAUGGUAAAACCGUUAUGCGAUCUAAGGCGUAGGUACAGCGUAGUGCGUAACGCAGCGAUCCACCAUCCUCCUACUAUAGAGAGCAAUGACAAGGCGCGUGCCUAGUCAUCACCCGACUUAUUAAUGCUUCCGUACGUUUUACAGUGAGGGAACGAAACAACAAGACAUGAGCGCGUCAUAUCAAUUACUCCAAGAAUAAAACCCGAAAAAAUGAA